AUGAAGGUCGAGUUUGCCCCCAUCAACGUCCCCCUAAAGAGAAGGAUCCAGACAGUCGCCGUGCUGCAGUGGAUCUUCUCCUUCCUCCUGCUGGCAGAGUUUUGCUGUGGAUUCUUUGUGAUCCUGAUCCUAGGCAACUUCUGGUUCCUCGCCGUUCUGUACCUGCUGUGGCUGUACCUCGACUGGGAAACGCCAUGCACAGGGGGCAGACGGUCCCAGUGGGUCAGAAGCUGGACUGUUUGGAAGUACUUUAGGGAAUACUUCCCCAUUCACCUUAUAAAAACUUCUGAUCUGAAUCCAAAUCACAACUACUUACUUGGCUUUCACCCUCAUGGGGUCCUGGUCGCUGGAGCCUUCGGAAACUUUUGCACCGGUCCAAGUUUCAAAAAUUUAUUUCCUGGGCUUACUCCGUAUCUUCAUAUCAUGCCCAUCUGGUUCAGCUGUCCCUUCUUCAGAGAAUACGUAAUGAGUGCUGGAAUGGUUUCUGCAUCCAAGGAGAGCGUCUCGUACGUCCUGAAUAAGGAAGGAGGUGGCCACGCGUCCGUCAUCGUGAUCGGAGGAGCAGAGGAAUCUCUGAAUGCACAUCCUGGAAGUUUAACUUUAAACAUCCUCAAGAGGAAGGGCUUUAUUAAAAUGGCCUUGAAACAUGGGGCUCAUCUGGUCCCGGUGUUUUCCUUUGGUGAAAAUGAACUAUUCAAGCAAGUUGCAAACCCCAAAGGUUCAUGGCUCAGAAAUGUACAGGAGAAGUUGCAAAAGAUAAUGGGCUUUGCUUUACCGCUAUUUCAUGCUAGAGGAAUAUUUCAAUACAGUUUUGGCUUAAUACCUUACAGGCAACCUAUUCAUACUGUUGUGGGAAGCCCCAUCCCUGUAAAACGGAACUUGAACCCCACCACUGAAGAGAUUGAAGAGCUACAUGCAUUGUAUCUACAGAAACUAAGAAAAUUAUUUGAAGAACACAAAAGAAAUUAUGGGAUCCCUGAGCAUAAAUCUCUCAUCUUUGAGUAGCAAAUUGCAAUUUGUAAUUCCAAAUCUCAUGGAAAAAAACAGUGUAUGCUGAAAGAUGCCUUUCUUGCAAUCUGUAUUUUGCAAUCUGUAAUUAUCCUUGUGUAAGGAAUAAUUUUAAGAAGGGAUUAUUAGAUGAUUUAUUGAUUUUUAUCUUACUCUUGGGGGGAAAAAAAAUCCUUAGGGUGUGAGCCUCGAAGCCAGUACUGUUUUGAGUUGUCUUUUUAGGUUCAUCUGUACCAGAAAUGCUAGUGAGAGACUCCACACAGAUGUUCUUACCACCAUGGUACCUAACCAUAGCUUGAGCAGAGGAAAUUGCCCCAGCAUGAGAUCACAAGCAGGAAAAGCAUAAACCUGGGAAGUCUUUGAUUAAAAGUUGAGAGACUUACCAGCAUGUCUCAAACAUGACAUCGGGUUGUUCUCUGAAUAAUCAGAAAACCCUGCUGCUCUUCAUAGACAUGAAGGUGUAUGUUUUCAGCAGAUGGCUAUUAUAAGCCAUUUACAUGUGAAUUCAAGAAGAAAUAGGAGCUUUCUGCCCUGUAUAGGAUAUCGGCAAAAGUGGUUUGUCCAAGUUACGGAGCAGAGCAAACCCUCUGUGUGGAGAACAGUGCGUUGAGUUUUCUGUGUGCACGUAUAUGCUGGGUGGUGGGAAGCACUGAAUGAUGUGACUUUUUUGGACAAGCUGUGCUUUGGAUCGCCAGUUUGGAAGAUGAAGCAGCUUUGUUUGGUUCCAGCCUCGGAGGAGAUGGCAGGCACAGGACAGGAGAGGUGUACCAAGGAAGCUAGUGGGGGAAUCACGUGAACUUUACAUCUUGUGCAACUUAAAAAUGAUCAUAUGCCAGGCGCUUCCACAGAAGGAAAGGAUCCCAGUUUCAGUCUAGUUCUGAAACUUCACCAAGGAAAGCGUACUUGAUAUAUGCCUUUUUCUUCCCCACCGAUAGAUGUGGGGAAGUAUGUGGAAAGGUGUGCUGCAGUGUGACACAGCUGUAAUUGCCAAGGCAGGGUGAGCACAGCUCUAGGGCGCAGCAGGUUAAGAGGAUGCUUUCUAUACAAAGCAGGUGCCUAAAUUUGAGAGAAGGUUUAUCCUAAAUGUGGAUAUCCAUGUAAGAAAAGAAAAGAAAAAAAAAUCUUAGCCAAACUCUUUUUCAGUUAAAAUGCCUAGGUCUUGGAGAUGGUGGUGUGUGAAGAGAAUUACAGUAUAUUAUUGCUUUUUUUACGAGAUAAAUCCUUGUAUUUGUAAAUGCUUUCUAUCUGCACGUGGGCCUUGCAGAUCUGGUUCUAUUGAAGCGUUUGGUUUGCUUUAAGCAGUUUUGGUGCCUGAAUAUUACGUCAGUGAGGUGCUCUGACGGGACAUGCACAGGCUUGUCAGGCAGCCUGGGGCAUCUGCAGCCGGGUCAGUUCAGCACUGGGGUGCUCCAGGAAUAGCAGGAGUGGCUCCACAAAGGCACUGGACACAUUGUGUGCUUGCUGGGCUGGAGUUUCCUUAGAAGAAACGCGGUUGGGACUGUGGGAAAAAGUUAAAACUCUGGAAAGAAAAGAUCUUAGCAAGAGGAAGGUGGUUAAAGAAAAGAGUGGAAAUAUCUCGACUCCUAUGGAGUGGACUCCUAAUGAACCAAAGCCUCAAAGCUGAAUAAAUAUUUGCCAGACAGAGCGGAUGUAUGUUGAUCUGAUGUGCUCUGAAAAAACCUCCCGCAACAAGUUGGUUUCCUUAGGAAGGCUGUUCCUUCUGAUGCCUAUCUGUCAUUCAGAUGAGACCCGCACCGAGCCGGUGAAUCCCGCUCUCGCUUUCUCUAGGAUGACAGAUGUCUUUCUGGGAGCCAGGGCUGGAAUUCGUGAUGCCUGAAGGAGUAGCCCCCUCUUCCCUGACAGACUGCUGUCGAUGUGCCCACAAUGCACCUCUACUCUACUUGAGCUUUCUUGGCGCCGCGUGUGCUUGCCCUCCCUUCCCAUGCUUUUGCUGCUCUGUGGUGUAGACAUCUUACUUCCUCACUCUCUGUCCAUCUUUCCCUGGGUUAAGAUCUCUGAAGGACUGUGUAUGCAUACAAAAUACUGAGCGGUGGCUUAUCGUUCAGCAGAAAUGGGUUUUAGGAGCAGGGCUUGGGAAGAGGAAGCGCUGUGGCUGUCCAUGUUUAACACGAGCUUAAGGUCAGGAUCGUUUCAGCUCUUGGAAAGGCACAUGUCUAGGGAGGUCAAACACGGCAGGCUUGAUACCUGGGAAGAGGUCUCCAGGGUCCCGAGGACUGUAGUAAGCGAUGAGCCCCGAGGAGUCAUUUUUGCCCAGCCAGCUGUGUGAAAUGGCCUUUGGAUUUGGUUUUCUUGCUGCCUGCUCUGAUGAGUAGUGCCGGUUGCUCAUGAAAGAAGAAUUUGGAGUCUGUGUCAGACUGCUCUCUCCUAGAUCAUCUGCUCUAAUGAGAUAUUUCCUCUCAUUCUCAGUCUGCUCUUUUCCCAUUACCUUAAUGAUAUAGAAGCUCAGGAUGUAAAUUUAAAAGCAUUAGUGUUGGGUUGAGGAUGGGAAGUAACAACGGAUUGUUGUUGAUCAAAUUAGCCAAAACUUCUAGGGAUACUGAUUUUUGGGGCAGUAUCCGGUCCAGAGGGUACCCUACAAACAGGCUUACCUCUGAAUUCCCUGAGAAAAUUAUUUGUGGACUCUGAAUACCAUCCAUAACUGGCACAGUUAGAACAAGCAGGGAUUGUGUCACUCUGACUCCUGCAAUUUUCAUCGCUUUGUAAGAGAGGAAGACGGAGGAAAAGAAGAAAACAAAAUCUCCAAGCUACUUCGAUAUAUAUAUGUUGCUCAAUAACUGCUGCAUAUUGCUUACGAUGGUCCUCCCAAACUACCUUUUAUUAACAAAUUGUCUAGCAUAUCUAGGACUAUUUUAAAAUGGAAUAUCGGUCUCUAAACCUGAUAGGCAUGGCGUCAUCUAAAAUAUUUACCUCUGUGUCAGUAUGUGGAUUUGUAAACCAGCCCUGCAGGGCUAUUUUAAAAUGGGAUAUCGGUCUCUAAACCUGAUAGGCAUGGCGUCAUCUAAAAUAUUUACCUCUGUGUCAGUAUGUGGAUUUGUAAACCAGCCCUGCAGGGCUAUUUUAAAAUGGGAUAUCGGUCUCUAAACCUGAUAGGCAUGGCGUCAUCUAAAAUAUUUACCUCUGUGUCAGUAUGUGGAUUUGUAAACCAGCCCUGCAAUACUGAGCUUAAAGGCCAGAGCCCUGGAAGCCGUAGACCCGUCGCGGCUGGUGCGGGCACCGAUCCUACCAUUGCUGCGGCCAAGGAGGAGGCUUCCCGUGUUUGUUAGAGUAAGUAUCGACGCAGACCUCGGUUGCAGUUCACGCUUGACAAAGCAAGAGCGAGCAGCUAGUAGGAAUGGUGACACCCCCCCCCUCCCCAGCUGUGAUUAGAAGCAGCAGGCGGCGCUCGGGUUUCUGGUGGGAUGCCCCCACCUCCUGGGGCCUGCUUUGGGGUGUGUUUCUCUUCGUGCCUUUUGAUGACACGGGUAAUCUCAGGGAAGCUAGUCAUCUGUCAACAAGAUACUCUGCCUCUGUACCAUGCAAACACCACCUCCCCAGUGUGCUCGAGGCGACAAUGCCUGCCUGUUCCCUUGUGGGUGAACGUCACUGCCAAAUUUCGUUUACAGAAAGCCAAUCCUCAAGAAUUUUUACUGUGUGAACUACAAAGCGUAUUUUACACUUUGUAACUUUUUAUGGUACCUGUGAAAUACGAAUGUCAGUUGUCUCAAUGAUUGCUGCGGCAAGGAGGCGUGAGAUAAUAAAGGUUUGUACCAA